GAUUCCCCAUACUACCAUCCUAGUCAAAGUAGAUGAAUGUCCCUUCUGGUUCAAUUUCAAGGUGCAGAUCCAGGGAAGAAAGAAAGCGUGAAAUGUUGAUUUGAAGAGGAAAAAAAGAAAAAAAAGAUGGAUGUGGAGAGAUCGUCUCUCUGCAAUUGCGUCGUUAAUUUCCUGCUGGAGGAGAACUACCUCCUGACGGCAUUCGAGCUGCUGCACGAGCUCCUUGAUGAUGGCCGCGACGCCCAGGCCAUUCGCCUCAAGGAAUUCUUCUCCGAUCCCUCCCACUUCCCUCUCGAUCAGAUCUCUCGCUUCAAUUCUCUUCAAGUUGUAGACCCUCAGAACUUACUAGAAGAGAAAGAAGCAGCGGAAGAGAAAUUGGCAAUUAGUGAGUAUGAGCUUCGUUUAGCUCAAGAAGACAUUGUGAAACUCAAGGCUGAAUUACAGAGGAAAGCAGAUCUCCCUUUGGAUAAAUUAAGCGGAUCAGAUUCAGGUAUAUCUGCAAAUCUUGGACCAGAAAUCCAAAGACAGAAGAGGGAUGCCCCCUUCUCGGAUCUGGGCCCUUUGAAACCUAAUGAACGUAGAGAUCUUAACUGUGCAGUAAAGGACUACUUGCUUAUAGCUGGUUACCGACUUACAGCAAUGACAUUCUAUGAAGAGGUUACGGACCAGAAUUUAGAUGUUUGGCAAAGCUCACCUGCUUGCGUACCUGAUGCUUUGCGCCAUUAUUAUUAUCAGUACCUUUCAUCAACCACAGAGGCUGCUGAGGAGAAAAUUGCUAUGCUUCAAGAAAAUGAGUUAUUACGAAAAGCAAAUGAAAGUCUACAACAUGAGAGGCAGAGCAUGCUGAAAAGCAAAGAUUUGGCUGAUGGUCAAAUAAGUGCUUUAACCAAAGCGGUAGAAGCUAAGGAACUCAUGGUUCAAGAUUUGAAGCAGGCCCUAGAGUUCCAAAGAAAGGAGCUUAAUGGUUGCAGAGCUGAAAUCACUUCACUAAAAAUGCACAUUGAGGGGUCUCUUUCUGGACGAAAUUUGGUAAAUACUGAUGUUGAAUCUGUUCAAUCCCAGGACUUGGAAAGUUACAGGGAAGAAAUAAAGUCUUUGCAGAUGGAAAUUGAAAUAUUAAAGGCCAACAACAAAGAUGCUCCUCCUUCUGUGGGUUCCAUCCAUUCUGAGAAGGAUUCAAUAGUACAGACUGAGGAGAAAGUUGUUGAGGUGGAUGGAGAUAAAACUGUGAUCUCUCAUCCUGUUGACUUGGCAGGAGUUGCAGACAAUAAAGAUGCUCAAUCACUGUUUAAACAAACCUCUGGAGACAACUUUGACAAACCGCACGAAAUAUCACAACAAUUAUUGAACAGUUCUUUGCAUGUUAGCGAUGUUUUAUCAAAUGUUGAAAAUAUUUCUAAACGGGAUGAGGAACCAAAAUCAGACGAAAGUGGGUUGCAUUUAAAAUCAGAAAACAGGAGUGUUGUGGCUGCUCCUGAGAAAAGGGGUUUAGGGACCAUCCAGAUCCUUGCAGAUGCCUUGCCAAAGAUUGUUCCUUAUGUUUUGAUCAAUCAUCGUGAGGUGAACUUUCUGACUUUGAGUUACUUAGAGAUGAGCUCCUUCCCCUGAUAAUGUGUGCAAUUGAGCGCCAUCCAGAUGGCAGCAUGCGAGAUUCAUUGACCCACACGCUCUUCAAUUUGAUUAAACGUCCUGAUGAACAGCAGAGAAGAAUUAUAAUGGAUGCAUGUGUUACCCUUGCUAAGAAUGUAGGGGAGAUGAGAACAGAAACAGAGUUGCUUCCCCAGUGCUGGGAACAAAUAAAUCACAUGUACGAGGAGCGUAGGCUGCUCGUUGCUCAAUCAUGCGGUGAGCUUGCAGAAUUUGUCCGGCCUGAGAUCCGUGAUUCUCUCAUUUUGUCUAUUGUGCAACAACUCGUGGAAGAUUCUGCAACUGUCGUUCGGGAAGCUGCUGCACAUAAUCUGGCC